GCGGCUGGGCCGAGCCCGGGCGGCCGGGGAAGGCGGUAGGGGGAGGUCCGACUUCGCAGACGCGCCUCCUCCCCGCCCCUGCUCGCUCGGGCUCCGCAGUCCCCGCGCUCCGGCGGGAGUGGAGGCGGCCGCGCGGCGGCGGCUUUGGCAGCGGCGGGGCUGCCCGAUCACGUCAUCGCUUCCGCCCAGCUUCCUCCUGCCGUCGGCGGCGGCGCGCCUCGGCCGCGGAGUGACUGAGGCGGGGAUGGGGCUCGCGCGGGGCCGCCGGCUGCACCCGGGCGCUGCUGCUGCUGCUGCUCCUCGUGCCGCCGCCCGCUGACCGGGCCAGCCUGCCCGCCCGCCCCGAGCCCCCGCCCGCAGCCAGGCGGCCUCCCCCGCAAUGUGAAGCCCAGGAAGAUGCGGAGGCGCAGCCCGGCUGCCCGCGGCGGGGGAUGAGCCUAGAGGGGGAGAAAAUGACCGAGGAAACCCACCCAGACGAUGACAGCUAUAUUGUGCGAGUCAAAGCUGUGGUUAUGACCCGAGAUGACUCCAGUGGGGGAUGGUUACCGCAAGAAGGAGGCGGACUCAGUAAAGUUGGCGUCUGCAAGGUCAUUUACCCAGAGGGCAAUGGAAGAAGUGGAUUUCUAAUCCAUGGGGAAAGGCAAAAAGAUAAACUGGUGGUAUUGGAAUGCUUUGUAAAAAAGGACUUGGUCUACACUAAAGCAAAUCCUACAUUUCAUCACUGGAAGGUUGACAACAGGAAGUUUGGGCUCACUUUUCAAAGUCCUGCCGAUGCACGAGCAUUUGAUAGAGGAGUGCGGAAAGCAAUUGAAGACCUCAAUGAAGGAUCUACUACUUCCUCUUCAACGAUCCACAAUGAGGCUGAGAUUGGUGAUGAUGAUGUCUUCACAAAUGCUACAGACAGCUCUUCUAAUUCUUCUCAAAAAAGGGAACAGCCUCUGCGGAUACUAGCCUCUCCCACACCCUGCGAACAUCGCAGAAUUUGCACUCAUGGUCACAUUCAUGACCAGUAUAGCUCUGACCACUACCAACUAGAACAAUCAAUACAAAGGUCCUAUCGACACGUCAGCUUUCCUGAUGAUGAUGAGGAGAUAGUGCGCAUUAACCCUCGGGAAAAGAUUUGGAUGACAGGUUAUGAGGACUACCGCCAUGCCCCGUCGCGAGGGAAGUACAUCGACGCUGAUGAUGUGGACUCAUACGUACGUUUUGCCAAAAGUGAUGCCUCAAAACACGAUUACAAUUAUCCUUACGUAGACAGCUCAGACUUUGACCCGGGUGAAGAUAUAAAGAGUGCUGCGAUAAAGACUCAGCCUGUCAAGUUCAAACCAAGACGGAAGGAAGAUGGAGAGAGAUCGCGGUGCGUGUAUUGCAGGGACAUAUUCAAUCAUGAGGAAAACAGGCGGGGUCAGUGUCAGGACGCACCAGACCGUGUCAGAAGUUGCAUCCGUCGAGUCAGCUGUAUGUGGUGUGCGGACAGUAUGCUGUAUCACUGUAUGUCUGAUCCAGAAGGAGACUAUACAGACCCUUGUUCUUGUGACACCAGUGAUGAAAAGUUUUGCCUCCGGUGGAUGGCCCUUAUCGCCUUGUCUUUCUUUGCCCCAUGUAUGUGCUGUUACUUGCCCCUUCGGGCUUGUUACCACUGUGGGGUUAUGUGCAGGUGCUGUGGUGGGAAACACAAAGCAGCUGGAUGAUGACACACAAGUUUAAAUUGUGUUGUGCUUUCCCUGUAGUUAAGGAGCACGUUGGUUUGGAGCAUUCAAAUCCUUUAUAUUUUGAUGCAGCCUGUGUGCCCAACAGAGUCCAGAAACCACUUGGAUCAUUUAUGUUUGGUUUUUCAUGGGCCACUCUGCACUGAUUUGCUCUUCAAGUGUUCUAACAAACUAACCUACAGCAUAGACUUUUGUAUUAUUAAUCUGUAAUCGAACAGAAUGUUGUGUACAUGUUUAUAUUUUUUCAGUUAAAAGGACUCUGAGAUAUGAACUGUGGAUGAUGGUGGAUUUUAGAACAUCUCUAAUAUGGAUCUGUCUUGCCGUAGCUUGCCUUGAGCAGUAUCAUCUACACCUAGCAAGCAUUGGCACUUUGAGAAAUGUAGUGUAAUGGAAUGAAAUCCCACCCAGAAAGUAUUUUAACCUGCAAUCAGUUAUUGUAUGUAUAGAAGGUGUUCUAGUAACAAACUUGUACCACAACACAGUAUUGCUGUCACUGUUUGUUUUUUAAAGCCAAAAUAUUCAUGUAAACUGCAGUUUCUCAUUAGAAUCCAUAAUUAUUUCUUUUGGCAAACAUCUUAAAUUAUUUCUCUGAUGUUAAAUUUCAAAUAUUAAGUGAAUGUAGGAAAUGAGCCUUAAUUUCAGUUAACUUUUGAGAAUCCGAAAGUCCUCCAAACUCCAUUCAUUUCAAAUCAAUACUUGAAAGGGAAAUUUAAAUUUAGGCUUUUUUCUUAAAUAAUUUUGCAAAUAAAACUUUAGUUUUGGAAUUCUACAUAAUGGGAAGGAGCUUUUCAUUACCCUGCUAUGUCUUUAUUUGAGAAUAAAACACUAAUAUUUCAGUUGAAUAAAAAUUCUUCUUGUUGUUAUGCAAAGAAUUAACAAGAUAGCCAGUGCAACCACAAAAGUAGUAGCAUAAUCCAUUGUCAUUUUGAGAAACAUUGAACAAGUGGUGGAUUAUGCAGAAAAAAUAUAUUUUUAAAUUAAAUUUUGUUCUAUAGAAUAAAUACAUGUGCAUGAGAAUUUUACAUUCACAAUGAAAUCCACAUGUUAGAGUAACUCAGAAUAUGUAUUUAAAAUAAAAAGCCUACAUAUAACUACUGCUCCCGUUUCCUGACUAAGGACCUGACCCUGUAAAUGUUUAUGCAUGUGCUACUUUUAUACAUGUGAGUAGUCCCGUUGACUUUAGAAGCACUUACUCAUAUGUGUAAAGUUCAUCAUAUGAGUAAGUGUUUGUGCGAUUAGGGCCUAAGUAUCUCCUACACCCUUCUCCUCCCAGCUCACCACCCAGAUACUGAAAGUGGAUCCAGAGGGUUGUGUUAUGCAUACAGCAAGAUGAGAAUACUUUAAAAAAAAAAAUGUUACUGUCAUGUCUUGUGUACAAGGCUUGUAAUUAACUGGGAAAAGAGUAUUUUUCUAAUAUAUUACAAGGAAUAGCCAAAUAAUUUUUAUUAAAAAAAAAAAUAAAAAAGAUUUAGAUCAGUUAGCUAUAACUAGCAUAGUACAAUCUGAAUAUUUUGAGGCAGCUAGGGAUUGGCUUGUCAAAGCUGGCACUGCUGUUCCUGCCAUAAUUUUUUUCUGCAGUAAAUUGCCAGUGGAUGCAUGCCCCUUCCCUCCCUCUUAUUGCACAUUGACAUCAGUCUUAAAGGAAAGGAACUUUUUAUUUUUGCCAAAUAGAUUUAAGAAAUGCUUGCCAUUCUUUCAAGUUGGAAUGUUUCUCUGAGAGUUAAUCACAGCUUUUUGUAAACCAUCCGUUAAUUAUGCAACGUGCUUAUAGACUGUAGAGUUUGGUAAACUUAAUUUGCAGCAGUUGCUGGGUUUAGGUUCAAAAAAAUGGAAUGAUAGUAGAAAGGGAUGGAUUUUUGCUCUUGGUGUAAUGUGUCUGGGUUCACCGAAUGGAAUAUAAAUAUUUCGUGCCUGAUCGCAAAUGACAAAUCUCUCAAUGAUGUCUAGUAAACAUCAAGCCAGCCUCAUAUAAACAAACAUCUGUAAGGUCUUGCCUCUACAAAGCACAACACUACGAAGAGAUCUUACAGUUUUUUGUCAAGUCUCUGUUAAGUGCCCCUAUUUAUUUAACUAAAUCAGACAUACUCCAAGCCUUUAUGUAUGUCUUCUUUUUAAAAAUCCCUCUUCCUUAGCCCUCUUGGUUUUUGUAAUACUUGUAGAUCUUGUUACACAUUUUCUUUGGAUUGUGAAGGCAAUGGUGUAAGGGCACAAGGGUAGAAAAUGGAGGCGUUCUUUGUAAAUAUUUCUCAUUGGUCUCCACACUGCAGCUGAACAGUGUGUAGUGUUUUCCCAGUCAGCUUUGCAAUACUGACAUCAAUCACUUGAGAGACAUUCUUCAGAUUUUAUUUUUGUAUCUGUGGUAACAAAACAUUAACCAAAUUUUUUUUCGGUUGUGAAGAGGUUUUUUUCAAGCUAUUGCUCACAUUAACAAAUGAAAGUGCCUGAAGCCUACAUCCAUAAUGUAUCUGUAUACUAAAAGUUAAAACCCUGUUGUAUUGAUUUUUUAUAAGCCUUUUUACCUCUGUGUAAAAAAUAUAUAUAUACACAAGUGUAUGAUGUACAUUUUAGUUAACUUCUUUUUUUAUUGUUUCUAAUAUGUAUGAUCAGCCUAUAGUCCAUGUAAAUAUAAAUACAUCGUAUCAAAA